GUCACCGAUUGUUUCCUGUCCUUUUUCAUCUCUAUCCGGAUCCCUGUUGUUUUCCUUCUUUUUCCGUGAGUCAUAUGCCAUCAACCCUAGUCUAGCCGUAUUGCUUUGCUUGCUGCUCGCUCCUUCACCUGCUUGUAUCUCCGUUCUUCCUCCACUUCCAGCCUCCUGCUCGUGUUCGACCGAUUGUGCUCGUGCUCGCUGACCAAGGCGCGCGGACCUGAUACUGAAUCAAUUGGCAAUGGAGGAUAGUGCUAGGAAUGAUGUUGAUCGUGCUGAGCUAUACGUGCCUGGGAAGGACCGGGUUCUGUUUAGACCCUCCGGGAGGAAAUCUUUAUUAGGGUUAGAUGCACUAGCAAAGUCCAAGCGUGAAGCCUCGAGCAACACUUCUGGAUUUAAGGUUCCCUCAAUUGCUUCUACUAUGGAAGAAGAGGAGACCCCAGAACCCAUUGUAACAGGUGAAGAAGGGAGUAAUGGGGUUAAGGUUGCACGAACUGCUAAUAGGCGAUAUCGUGACGUGGCUAGAAAGGAGGACUAUUAUGCAGAAAGCAACAUCACUGGAGGGAAAUAUGGGGCCUCUACACCUCAAAGUCAUCGUUCAAGUGAUGGAAUGCAUUUAGGAGUUUCAGAAAGAUCAUUCAUCACUUCGCAGAGCAUGAAAUCCUGUAGCAUUCGAAGUGAUGACAUAGAUUGUCACUUUGAAAUAAGAGAUUCUGACUAUGAGGAUGAUGGAAAUCGUAGAUCUGGAGAUAGAUAUGGUAGGGACAGCAGGGAAAGAUAUGGAAAAGAACGGGAACGCUAUCAACAAAGUUAUGGUGGAGAAUAUAGCUAUAAACGGAGCAGAUAUGAUGGUGAACGUCAGACUCCUGGUCGAUCCGAGUGGGAUGAUGGGAGAUGGGAGUGGCAGGACACACCCCGCAGGGAUGGUCAUUAUAGUAGUAAAAGGCGGCAUCUACCUUCACCAUCGCCUAUGUUAGUUGGGGCAUCACCUGAUGCAAGAUUGGUUUCCCCGUGGUUGGAUGGUCGCACACCACGCUCUUCGAGGCAUGCUGCUUCUCCUUGGGAUUAUGUCUCUCCUUCACCAGUUCCUAUUCGAGCAUCUGGCGCAUCAGUUAAAUCUUCGUGUUCCAGAUACAGUGGAAGGUCACAUCAAUUAACAUUUUCUAGUGGGAAAUCGGAUUCUUUUCAGGUUCUUUUUAGCAUCAUGACAGAUGGAGAAGCCAAUAGGAGUGACUUGGCAGAUGAACAGAAGCAUGAGAUGUCUGAGGACAUGCGCCAAGAAUUGGAGUAUGAAAGUGACCGUGCAUGGUAUAACCAGGAAGAAAGUAGCAGUGCGUUUGAUGCUGAUAAUUCAUUGUUUUUCUUUGGGGAUGAGGCCUCUUUCCAAAAGAAAGAAGCAGAACUAGCAAAGAAACUGGUUCGACGGGAUGGUACAAAGAUGACACUUGCUCAGAGCAAGAAGUUGUCACAGCGAACUGCAGAUAAUGCCCAGUGGGAAGAUCGCCAACUCCUGAAUUCAGGAGCUGUUAGAGGCACAGAGGUGCAGACUGACUUUGAUGAUGAUGAAGAAUGCAAGGUUAUUCUUCUUGUACACGAUACAAAACCUCCUUUCUUGGAUGGGAGAGUCGUUUUUACCAAACAAGCCGAGCCCGUAAUGCCAAUCAAGGAUCCCACUUCAGACAUGGCUAUUAUCUCACGGAAAGGAUCUGCAUUGGUGAGGGAGAUACAUGAGAAGCAGAGCAUGAAUAAGUCACGCCAACGUUUCUGGGAGCUUGCUGGUUCAAAACUCGGGGAUAUUCUUGGUGUCGAGAAAACAGCAGAACAGAUUGAUGCAGACACAGCUGUGGUUGGUGAACAUGGCGAAGUAGAUUUUAAGGAAGAGGCAAAGUUUGCACAGCACAUGAAGAAGAAUGGCGAUGCCGUUAGUGAUUUUGCAAUGACAAAAACUCUUGCUGAACAGCGACAGUAUCUCCCAAUAUAUUCAGUGCGGGAUGAGUUGCUCCAGGUUAUCCGAGAGAAUCAAGUGGUGGUGGUUGUUGGAGAAACAGGUUCAGGAAAGACGACGCAGCUGACACAGUAUUUGCAUGAAGAUGGCUACACAGUGAAUGGUGUAGUGGGUUGUACCCAGCCUAGGCGUGUUGCAGCUAUGAGUGUGGCUAAGCGAGUGAGUGAAGAGAUGGGAACCGAUCUUGGCAAUAAAGUGGGAUAUGCCAUUCGUUUUGAGGAUGUUACUGGGCCUGAGACUAUAAUAAAGUAUAUGACCGAUGGAGUGCUGCUUCGUGAAACUCUGAAAGAUGAUGACCUGGAUAAAUACCGAGUUAUCGUGAUGGACGAAGCACACGAGCGAUCCCUGAGCACUGAUGUGCUCUUCGGAAUAUUGAAGAAAGUGGUUGCCCGCCGCCGUGAUUUCAAGCUCAUCGUCACAUCUGCAACCUUAAAUGCUCAGAAAUUCUCGAACUUCUUUGGAAGUGUACCGAUUUUUCACAUCCCUGGGAGGACAUUCCCAGUCAAUACCUUGUAUAGCAAAACUCCCUGCGAAGAUUACGUUGAAGCGGCCGUCAAACAAGCAAUGUCGAUCCACAUCAGCAACCCGCCUGGUGACAUCCUCAUCUUCAUGACGGGGCAGGACGAGAUUGAAGCAGCGUGUUAUGUUCUAGCAGAGCGCAUGGAGCAGCUCAUCGCUUCCACGAAGCAAGGCGUGAACAAGCUCCUGAUCCUCCCUAUCUACUCACAGCUCCCUGCCGAUCUGCAGGCGAAGAUAUUCCAGAAAGCUGAGGGCGGGGCUCGAAAAUGCGUUGUGGCCACUAACAUUGCUGAGACCUCAUUGACUGUGGAUGGGAUCUUCUAUGUUAUUGACACGGGAUACGGGAAGAUGAAGGUGUACAAUCCUAAGAUGGGUAUGGAUGCUCUCCAGGUCUUCCCAAGCAGCCGAGCUGCUGCUGAUCAGCGGGCGGGCAGGGCAGGCCGGACGGGCCCGGGCACAUGCUAUCGCCUCUAUACAGAAAAUGCUUACCUGAAUGAGAUGCUUCCAAGUCCUGUGCCCGAGAUUCAGAGGACCAACCUAGGGAACGUUGUCUUGUUGCUAAAGUCACUUAAGGUCGAGAACUUGCUCGAUUUUGAUUUCAUGGACCCGCCACCACAGGAAAAUAUCCUUAAUUCAAUGUACCAGCUAUGGGUAUUGGGGGCGCUGAACAAUGUGGGGGGCUUAACUGAGCUCGGAUGGAAAAUGGUAGAGUUCCCGUUGGAUCCUCCCCUUGCAAAGAUGCUCCUGAUGGGUGAGAGGCUCAAGUGCUUGGAUGAGGUCUUGACUAUAGUCUCCAUGCUCUCAGUCCCUUCGGUGUUUUUCCGACCUAAGGACAGGGCUGAGGAGAGUGACGCCGCAAGGGAAAAGUUCUUCAUGCCGGAGUCUGACCACUUGACUCUAUACAAUGUUUACCAACAGUGGAAGAGCCAUGAGUAUAGAGGGGACUGGUGUAACGACCACUACCUGCAUGUGAAGGGGUUGAAAAAAGCGAGAGAGGUGAGGUCACAACUUCUCGAUAUCCUUAAGACCCUGAAGAUCCCGUUAACUUCGAGCUGGCCUGAUUUGGACGUGGUGAGGAAGGCAAUCUGCUCGGCUUAUUUCCAUAAUGCUGCGAAACUUAAGGGUGUGGGAGAGUACGUGAAUUGCAGGAGUGGGAUGCCCUGUCACUUGCACCCGAGCAGUGCCCUCUACGGGAUGGGUCACACUCCCGAGUAUGUUGUCUACCACGAACUAGUCUUGACUAGUAAGGAGUACAUGCAGUCGGCAACUGCAGUGGAGCCCCAGUGGCUAGCAGAGAUGGGGCCCAUGUUCUUCUCGGUAAAGGACUCGGACACGUCUCUCCUCGAGCACAAGAAGAGGCGGAAGGAGGAGAAGACGGCCAUGGAAGAGGAAAUGGAAAACCUGAGGGAAUCUCAAGCAGAGGCCGAGAAGGAGAGCAGGGAGAAGGAGAGGGAGAAGAGAGCAAAGCAGCAACAACGGGUCUCCAUGCCCGGACUGAAGCAGGGGGCUUCGACUUAUUUAAGGCCCAAGAAGCUCGGGUUGUAAAAUUUGUGUAUAUAUUAUUGUCUCGCAACUAAUGCAGGAAAAAAAGUGUCUGAUUUUGUUCGAGAAAUGGUUGUGUAUAAGCUGAGUUCUUGAGAUCUGUCUCCUUCCUCGCGAGGGAUGACUGGAUGAGUAGCAAAAGAAUCAUAGAAACAAUUCUUUCUUCUGACAGCGAUGAUAUUAGAUUUGCUGCAAAGAAUGCGGCAGCUUCUACAUCCCUGUGGCAUUACGGUCUUUUUGUCGGACUUGGUCUUGGCUUUCUGCAUCUUUAAGUAAUGAAGUAGUGCACAUAAACUCA